AUCAGAUAAUUGUGCUUUUAGCAGCUAGCCAUGUUCUCCAUUCGGAUUAACCUUCCUUCUUGCAAACUGUACUUCUUUGCGAGUCUUCUUUGGCUCGCGUUCGUUGUCGGAAAAGUUUUCAAUAUGAUUCCAGUGUGUCAGAAAAUGCUGCAAAACCUCUUCCUAAAAUGGACAAGGUGUCGAGUACAUCCAGAAGAGUUUUGGCACACUAUGUUUAACACUGAAAUGCGAAACACUCUUUUGCAUAUUCUUUGGAGAGAUCUUGUCAAGAAAGCAUUUCUUCAUGGACCCGCAAUUGACGUUCCAGUACUCUGCCUUGAUGGUGAAAUUCCUCGGCGGUGUAAUUUGUUAGACUUCCAGCAACCAGGCCGGCCAUUGGUGAUAAACUUUGGGUCAUGUUCCUGACCAGAGUUCAUGGUGGACCUACAACAGUUUAAUAAAAUGGUCCGCCGCUAUCAGGGACAAGUCGACUUCCUUGUUUUAUACAUCGAAGAAGCACAUCCAGUGGACGGUUGGGCGUUUAAGAACAACCCCAAGAUACUUCAACACCGAACUAUAGAAGAAAGGUGCGCGGCUGCUAAGCUUCUUCAGCCUUAUUGUCCUGACGAGGUUUCAAUAGUUGUUGAUACAAUGUGCGACGCUGCAAAUGCCGCUUAUGGUGCUAUACCGGAAAGACUUUACGUCAUCAAGGAUGAUGUUAUAUCAUACCAGGGAGGGGUAGGACCUUUUUCAUACGAUCUUGCAGAGGUGGAAACUUGUCUGACUCAGAUAUUUCAAGAACAAAAUUGACAUGGCAUGAAUAACAAUAAAAGAUAACAAGAUUAAUCCUUUAUAAAAUGAGCUGCACAUAACAAUGUUUUCACAAGGUUAGUUUGCAAAAAUUAAAUAGAAAAAGUAUUAAUUGUUUUGAAAGAUCUAAGUGGGUUUGUUCUUCUAGUUGAGAAAUGAGACUGUGCUUGUGUUUAUGUUUCAGUCACGCGAAGAAAAAUUUAAGCAGGUUGAAACAACAAUAAUAGUGAUAUAUUAUGUAAAAAAUGUGUAAAAACCUUCUUAGGCUUAGGAAAUCCAAAUUACUGAGCAGAUCGAUUUUUAGUGUAAGAAAGAAUGGAAUGUGUGGAAAACGGCAAACUGCUAUUGAGAUAAAUCAGUGAAUUAAUGAAAGCACUGUAUUUUAGACCUCACUUUAUUUACUUAGUUUGCAGGGACCUGCUAAGUUUGACGUUGUAGUUUUUUUGCAGUAUUCUUUAUGACAGUUUGCACACUAAUUCCCAAUAGGGGCAGGUGUUAGCUUGAAUGUUUGAAUAUUGUGAAAGAGCUUGCAAUGUUAAAUAAAUACUUUGGCUAGACCAGAAAGUAAAAAAAUUAGUUGGGAGGGAAGAA